AAGAAUAUGAGAGCAUAGGUUGGAAUCCUCUCAAGUCUCAACGGAUAUCCAAACACAGUCAUAGUCCCUCCAUUAAUAGUUUUGUUGAACUUUACAAACAAAAGUGAUUAUGUGGCUGUCAGAAAAAAACAAAGUGAUUAUGUGAGUAACAAGUCAAGUAAUUGACAUAGCAUUCUACAAUUUUUACAAAGAAAAACAGUUCGGAACAACAAUUUAGUGCCCUAGCUAAGACCUAACCCGUCAACUGCUACCUCUCCGCUGACCGUUUGCCCACCCACCGGCCACCGCCCUUCGCCGUCGACCCACCGGGGAGAUUAAGUAGGAGCUUGUUUGGAUGGGGGGUGAAACAGGGAAGUCGUUUGGUUUGGGAUGUGACCCAGUGGUAGGAUCAUUAUCUUCUUCGAAGAAGAGAGAAUACAGAGUCACCAAUCGCCUCCAAGAGGGAAAGCGCCCUCUGUAUGCUAUAGUUUUCAACUUCAUUGACUCCCGCUACUUCAAUGUUUUUGCCACAGUUGGUGGCAAUAGGGUUACUGUUUAUCAAUGUCUUGAAGGAGGAGUUAUUGCUGUUUUGCAAUCUUAUGUAGAUGAAGAUAAGGACGAGUCUUUUUACACAGUGAGUUGGGCAUGCAAUGUUGAUGGGACUCCAUAUGUUGUGGCUGGAGGAAUCAAUGGGGUAAUCCGAGUCAUUGAUGCUGGCAAUGAGAAGAUACACAAGAGUUUUGUUGGCCAUGGAGACUCUGUAAAUGAAAUCAGAACUCAAACAUUAAAACCAUCACUUGUGAUAUCUGCAAGCAAAGAUGAAUCUGUCCGGUUAUGGAAUGUUCAUACCGGAGUAUGCAUUUUGAUAUUUGCUGGAGCUGGUGGACAUCGUAAUGAAGUCUUAAGUGUUGAUUUUCAUCCAUCAGAUAUAUAUCGCAUUGCUAGCUGUGGCAUGGAUAAUACUGUAAAAAUAUGGUCUAUGAAGGAGUUCUGGACAUAUGUAGAAAAAUCAUUCACAUGGACAGAUCUUCCCUCUAAGUUUCCCACAAAAUAUGUCCAGUUUCCUGUAUACAAUGCUUCAGUUCAUUUAAAUUAUGUUGACUGUAAUAGAUGGCUGGGUGAUUUUAUCCUCUCAAAGAGUGUUGACAAUGAAAUUGUCUUGUGGGAACCUAAAGUGAAAGAACAAACACCGGGGGAGGGUGUAGUUGACGUCCUUCAGAAAUACCCUGUUCCCGAGUGUGAUAUAUGGUUCAUCAAGUUUUCUUGUGAUUUCCAUUUCAACAUGAUUGCAGUAGGUAAUAGGGAAGGGAAGAUUUUUAUUUGGGAGUUGCAGUCAAGUCCUCCUGUACUUAUUGCCAGGUUGUCACACCCUCAGUCAAAAUCUCCAAUCAGGCAGACUGCUACGUCCUUUGAUGGAAGUACUAUACUGAGUUGCUGUGAGGAUGGUACAAUAUGGCGCUGGGAUGAUGUUACAAACUCCUCCUCAACCUAACUUAUCUGUUAUACCAAUCUGAUGUACCUAUAUCACUGAUUAAAUCAUUAGUUUAGCUUGUGAAUCCAUGAAUGCUUCCUCAAGCAAAGUUAAAUGUUGUUCCGAAGUUAUGUGUGAUUCCUAUAUCUCGUUUCUGACAUUGGGCAAAGGAGAAAGCCCUCUACUACUGUAUCUACUAUGUACUGACCUUUUCAGAAGAGAAAAUAUUGUCAAUGUCUUCACUUCCUGGAAAUCAUCA